AUGCGCCACUUUCUGGCCUAUCUGUUACUGGCCAUAACAAAUGGCUUUGCACUCACUUCUGCAGCCGCAUCCGGUUAUCACGAGCAAUUGACGCUUCGACCUUUACCCCUGUCCCAGCUUCUAGCGAGCUUCAACUUCCGAGCCAAUACAUCGAUUGCCGAUUUUGAAGCGCAUAACUUUCGACUGUUUCCUCGAUCAUUGGCGCAGAUACUUCAGUAUGCUGGAACACGAGAGCUACAUUUACGAUUUACGCUAGGACGAUGGGACGCUCAAUCCUGGGGUGCUAGACCGUGGGAUGGAACACGCGAGGGAGGCACUGGCGUUGAACUCUGGGCGUGGUUAGAUGCUGAGACUGAUGAGGAGGCUGACGAAAAGUGGUUGACGCUCACAAACGCUCUGUCGGGAUUGUUCUGCGCCAGUUUGAACUUUAUCGAUGAGACGAGAACGAUUCGACCUGUUAUGUCUUUCCAGCCCGACGGUGACCACUCGAACUCGUCGCUUGCGAACAUGAGACUUCUUCAUGGUGUUUUACCGCAUGAAGUUGUCUGUACUGAGAAUCUGACACCUUUCUUGAAGUUGUUGCCGUGCAAGGGCAAGGCUGGUAUUGCUACACUUCUGGAUGGUCACAAACUAUUCGAUGCCUCUUAUCAGAGCAUGGCGAUUGAUGUUCGACCCAAGUGCAAUGCGGAUGGGGAGUGCUUCUUGGAGAUGGAGGAGACUGUGGAUAUGGUUCUUGAUGUCAAUCGAUCCAAGAGGCCUCAAAACAACCCGAUUCCGCGACCCCCUCCCGCUCACGAGCUGCUCUGCGAUACCUCCAAAUCCUACCACUCUGACCACGCAUGCUACCCCGCCGACAGUCUCGACGGUCAAGAUUGGACUUUAUCUCAAGUCUUCGGUCGCCCCAUGAAGGGUACAUGCCCUCUUACCGACCCCGAUGUUCCUCCAGUCUGUGUUCAGAUCCCCCAGUCCCGCGACAUCUACACCACCGAAGGCGCCCGCGAGAUCCGAUCCCAAAACUCUCGCUGCUAUAGUCUUGAUACAAGCACCGAACUCACCCUCAUGCUCGUCAAGCCCGAAUCACAAGACGAGGACAAGAUCCUUAAUAAGCCCGAGACGCCUCUUCUCUACGCUGAUCGCAGCUUCAACGGCCACGGCCAGGAACACGGUGGUGUACAAGCCAUCUUGAGCAACCCUAGUGACACCGACGUUGAGUUCGUCUAUAUGGAGUCGCUCCCAUGGUUCAUGCGUAUCUACCUUCACACCCUCUCGGCCCGUAUUGCCGAUUCGCCCUCGUCGAACUCGAGCGAUCUGAUCAAGGAGAUCUACUACCGUCCCGCACUCGACCGCGCAAGGGGUACACAGCUUGAACUCCUCAUGCGCAUUCCGCCGCACUGCACCGUUUUCCUGACAUACGAUUUCGAAAAGUCCAUUCUGCGAUACACCGAGUAUCCUCCUGACGCUAACAGAGGUUUCGACGUCGCCGCUGCUGUCAUCACGACAUUAGAGCCCAAGGUUCUCAACAUCCGCACUACGACACUGCUGCUAUACCUACCCACACCUGAUUUCAGUAUGCCAUACAACGUUAUUAUCUUCACAUCAACGGCGAUCGCACUAGCAUUUGGGGGAUUGUACAAUAUUUUAGUCAGGAGGUUUGUGGGAGCCGAUGAGGCGCAGAGCACAGGUUUGAAGGCGAAGCUGUUGGGUUUUGUUAAUAAAAUAAAGGGCAAGGCUGGGAAGCAAUAG